GAAGGUGGCGCUGCGCGCAAUCCUGUUGAUAUAACACAGCCGUCAAAAUCGCAAUAUUUACAAUUUUGCAAAUUGCACAAAAACAGAGGGAAAAUCGUGUGGAAAAGCCAUGGGCGAGUGGACAAUGUGUCGGCUGUGCCUGGAAUCCAGUGAGGAGCCGCUGAAAGCAAUGACGGAGAGCACAUUCCAGGCGUCCUCCUACUUCAGCAUCUACUUCAGCGUUGUGGGCAUAAACUUGACGGAUUACUCCACAUUCCCCAUGAAGAUCUGCCCGCAGUGCGAGAACGACAUGCUGCGGGCGUUCGAGUUUCGUCGGAAGUGUCUGGACACGGAGGAGAAGCUGAAGGAUCUCAAGGGAGCGGAGGAGGAGAGUGGCUCGAAGACCAUUGAAUUUGUGGCCGCUCUGGAUGAACUGACCACCGCGAAGAGUGCCGAAGCCCACUUAUAUCCCGCCAGGGAAAAGCGCAUGCGGUUCUCCGGCCAGGAGACCGCUCAGCAGGUGGACGAGCAUGAAGUGGUGAGUGGUGUUCAGGAGGAGAAGGACGUGAAUCUGAAGAUUCGCUGCAAGAUCUGCAAGGGCUUCUUCAAUGAGAUGGAGACAUUCAGGACGCACCUGUGCGGCAAGUCCAAGACCUACAUCGACCAGAAUGCCGACAGUGAGGAGCAGAGCGAAGCCUUCUUCAAGUGCAACAAGUGCGGCAAGACAUUCAUCGGGCGGUCGUACUUCAUGGCACACCUGGACCAGCACACAGAGCGCAAGAUUCGCCAUCGCUGCAACUACUGCAAUAUGGAGUUCAACUCCACGGUCACGCGCACGACGCACAUCCACCGCGAGCACCUCAAGACGCCCUCCUGCCACUGUCCGUACUGCGGUAAGGGCUUCUACGACAAGAACCGCCGCACGAACCACAUACGCGACAAGCACACGAAUCCCUCGGUCUACCAGUGCGACCGCUGCGGCAAGGAGCUCAACUCCAGCAUCAGCCUGUCGUCGCACAUGAAGCAGCACACGGACGAGGUCACGUGCGAGAUUUGCGGCAAGAAGCUGAAGAACAUCCGCACCUUCGAGCACCACAUGGCACUCCACACGACCACAAAGAAGCACAUCUGCCCGCUGUGCUCCAACGCCUUCCGCACCAACGCGCAGCUCCGGAAGCACACGGAGAACGUUCACUCGGAGAUCACCGUGCCACUCACCAUGAGCAGCACCUGCGACAUGGUGGAGAAGGCGCUGAACUCUGUCUAAGGCCAUAGGAUUUCACUCCCGCAUCAGUAGAACUGUAAGAACAAUUAUUGAGUAAUUGAAAAAGAGGAAAAAUUGCUGUUUUAUUGGAAAAA